AUGGAGUCCAUUUUUACACUUGUGCAUGUUUUAGUGGCCAUUGUCAAUUAUUCAGGAGCUAAUAAUUAUACUUGUAGCCUGCGUGAUGAGAAUGUAGACCCACAUAUAUGGAAGAAUGGUGAUAUCAUAGUUGGAGCAAUUUUCCCCUUUCAUAGUAAUUGGGACAUCUCGGAGUCAUCUUAUUCUGUCAGACCAUCUUCAAUGAAGUGUAUGAGUCUGGAUUUCAGAGCUUUCCAGUAUUCACAGUCCUUGAUUUUUGCAACAGAGGAGAUCAACAACAGUUCCUCUUUAUUACCUGGAAUAUCAUUGGGUUACAAGAUCUAUGACACCUGUGGUUCUGCAGCAUUGGGGACGAAAGUGGCUAUGGCUCUCAUUAAUGGAAAUGAAAACUCAGCCUCUGAUGAGAUUUGCACAAAGCCUGCACAGGUUCAAGCCAUAAUAGGAGAGACCUACUCUUCAGUGUCAAUGGCUAUAUCAAAGAGUAUUGGACCUUUCAGCAUUCCCUUAAUCAGUUAUUUUGCCACCUGUGAAUGUCUCAGUGACAAAAGGAAAUAUCCCUCAUUUUUACGCACUGUUCCCAGUGAUUAUUACCAGAGCAGAGCCCUGGCAGAGAUGGUUAAGCACUUUGGCUGGACUUGGGUGGGAGCAAUAAGAAGAGAUGAUGAUUAUGGUAACAACGGUAUGGCCACUUUCACAAAAGUUGCCGAGCAACUGGGCAUCUGCUUAGAAUAUUCGCUUCCAUUUUUUGGAACCUACUCAAAGGAGAAAGUGCUAAGAAUUGUUGAGCAAAUUAAAAGCUCAACCUCUCGAGUAAUAGUGGGAUUUCUCACUCAAUGGGAUUUGGAAAUUUUGGUGCAUGUGCUUUCUGAACACAACAUCACUGGAUAUCAGUGGGUGGGAACUGAGGGCUGGAUCGCUGAUCCUAUAGUGGCCACAAGCGAUAAGCACAACAUACUGCAAGGAGCCAUAGGACUGGCUAUACCCAAAACAAAGUUGGCAGGUCUAAAGGACUUCAUUCUAGAUAUAAAGCCACUAAAAUCUGUAGGAAGUGCAAUUUUUACUAAAUUUUGGGAGAGUUUGUUUAAGUGUAAAUAUACAGUGCAGAAUAAUUCAGAAAACUCACCAGUGUGCACAGGAGAAGAGACGUUGUCUGAGAUGGACAAUGCUUUCACUGACAUGUCCCUGAUGCCUAUUUUUAGUAAUGUAUAUAAAGCAGUAUAUGCCAUUGCCCAUACGUUACAUGAACUUCUUGGCUGCAAAGAAACAUGUCCUACAAAGAAGCAGCCCGAUCCUUUCACAUUUCUAGAAUACCUUAAAAAGGUACAUUUUAAGACCAAAGAAGGUGAAGAAGUUUAUUUCGAUAUAAAUGGUGACCCACCAGCAAAAUAUGAAAUAAUAAACUGGCAAUUAAAUAAAAACAAUCAAAGUGAAUUUAUAACUGUUGGACUUUACGACUCCUCUUUACCUGCUCCUGGUCGACUAGCAGUAAAUUUGUCCUCGAUUGUGUGGGCACAAAAUAGCAAUAAGGUACCAAUAUCUAUAUGUCAAGAAAGCUGUCCUCCAGGCAGCAGGAAAGCUGUACAAAAAGGAAAACCCAUCUGCUGUUUUGACUGUAUUCCAUGUGCUGCAGGAGAGAUCAGUAACAUGACAGAUGCUAUAAAAUGUGAACAAUGCCCACAGGACUACUGGUCAAAUGCACACAAGGAUGAAUGUGUAAAGAAGGAAAUUGAAUAUUUGUCCUAUGAGGAAACAAUGGGGAUUUUGCUAACAGUAAUGUCCGUUGUUGGUGCAUUUAUGACGAUGGUAAUAGCGAUCAUUUUCUUUAGAUAUAAAGAUACCCCAAUAGUCAAAGCCAAUAACUCUGAGCUGAGCUUCCUGCUGCUCUUUGCACUGGCUCUGUGCUUCCUCUGUUCACUUACUUUCAUUGGUCAGCCCUCUCAGUGGUCCUGUAUGCUGCGUCACACAGCGUUUGGGAUCACCUUUGUCCUCUGUAUCUCCUGUGUUUUGGGGAAAACCAUUGUGGUGUUAAUGGCCUUCAGGGCUACACUUCCAGGAAGUAAUGUCAUGAAAUGGUUUGGGCCUCCACAACAGAGACUCAGUGUACUUGCCUUCACUCUCAUACAGGUGCUAAUCUGUGUGCUUUGGUUAACAAUAUCCCCCCCUUUUCCUUUCAAAAAUCUAAAGCACUACAAAGAGAAGAUUAUUCUAGAAUGUCAUUUAGGCUCCAGCUUAGGUUUCUGGGCCGUGCUGGGAUAUAUUGGACUUUUGGCACUUUUAUGUUUUGCUUUAGCUUUUCUCGCACGAAAGUUACCAGAUAAUUUUAAUGAAGCUAAAUUCAUUACAUUCAGCAUGCUAAUGUUCUCUGCAGUCUGGAUCACUUUUAUUCCAGCGUAUGUGAGUUCACCUGGGAAGUUUACUGUAGCUGUGGAGAUAUUUGCUAUUUUAGCAUCAAGCUUUGGUUUGCUGUUCUGUAUCUUUCUUCCAAAAUGUUAUAUAAUUAUAUUGAAGCCAGAGAAAAACACCAAAAAGCAAAUCAUGGGGAAGGUUAAGUAA